GUGAUAUAAACUUGGAAGCGAGAGAAGCGAUGAAGAAGCAACCCAAACACUUAAAGUGGCAGAUGAUCUCCGAGCAUCAAAAGUUAACGGAACGCCAAGACCGUGAUGGAAACUCGGCCCAAGACCUGAUAAACGAACUGACCAACCCCAACGCAACUAAGGAGGAGCUAGAGUCAUCGCUUGACCGUCUGAAGGUGUCGCUGCAGAACCAGCCAAUGCGUUGGAUCCAGAAUUUUCUGGACAAAAAGGGCCCUCAGGCUCUGCAUGCAGUACAUGCCACUCUACCGUUGGACAGUCAUAUCCAUAACGAAGACGAAAGGUGCGUAAUACAAACGUGA